GGGUGGGAACACGAAGAAGUCAAGAAAGAGCAGAUUCCAGGGUAGAAACCAUAUACGUAGGCGACUUGAUUUUUUAUAAGCUCUAGUACUCAAUUAAUGAAAGCACUGCGAAGUUGAAAGAAGAAACAUAAACAAAGAGGAGAAGAAGAAGUUUGGGGGAUAUUUGUUCUGCAAUUUUGGAAACUGAAUCGAGCAUCUUUUUUGAGGUAGAAGAAAAUGAAGACUUCUUUCAGAAGACUGCGAGGGUUAGCACAUCACAAGCACGACGGUGAAGCCAAGGAGCGAGCAGAUAUUUUAGCUUUGCCUCAACUCGACGAGCUCGCUCAAGCUUCCCAGGAUAUGCAGGAUAUAAGAGAUUGCUAUGACAACUUACUUGCUGCAGCUGCAGCAACUGCGAAUUGUGCUUACGAAUUCUCAGAAUCAUUGCGUGAUAUGGGGAGUUGUCUUCUUGCGAAAACUGCAUUGAAUGAUGAUGAAGAAAGUGGCAAAGUAUUACUAAUGCUUGGAAAAGUACAGUUCAAACUCCAGAAACUUAUUGACAGCUAUCGGUCUCAUAUAACCAAGACAAUCACAGUCCCAUCAGAGUCUCUUCUUAAUGAACUUCGAGUAGUUGAGGAAAUGAAGAGACAAUGUGAUGAAAAAAGAGAUGUGUACGAGUACAUGGCAAUGAGACACAAAGAAAAAGGAAAAUCAAAAGGUCGGAAAGGUGAGAACUUUUCCAGGCAGCAAUUACAAGUAGCACAUGAUAAAUAUGAUGAAGAGGCAACUUUAUUUGUUUUCCGAUUGAAAUCUCUAAAGCAAGGACAAUCAAGAAGCCUUCUUACGCAAGCAGCACGGCACCAUGCUACUCAGCUGAACCUUUUUAAGAAGGCCCUUAAGUCUCUUGAAGAAGUGGAGCCACAUGUGCAGAAGAUCACUGAGCAGCAGCAUAUUGAUUAUCACUUCAGUGGACUUGAAGAUGAUGGGGACGAUGGUGAUUAUGAUGAAUUUUAUAAAAAUGAUGAUGACGAUGAGGAUGAUAAUGAGCUGAGCUUUGACUAUAGACAAAAUGAUCAAGAUCAUAACAUGAUCCCUGCUUCACGGCACUCCAUGGAGUUGGAUGAAGUAUGCCUUAAAUUUCCCCAAGUUGCAAAGGAAAAUCCAGAAAGAACCCAUCGUCAUUCUUUUUCAUUUGGAGAGGAAAGAAGGAAUAUCAGCCAAUCAGCCCCUCUUUUUGCUGAGAAUAAAUCUGAGUCCUCUGUGAAAAUUCAACCAUUACCAGCACAGAAGUUCAGCUCAUAUGUAUUACCUACACCAGUUGCUAAACAAGGCUCUAUUGGGUUAGGUAAUCCAGCUCCUCAAUCUUUCAAGACAAGUUUGAAUGAGUCUUCGAACAAUUUGUGGCAUUCAUCUCCUCUUGAACUUAAGAAAUAUGAGAGGAUUUCAGGAGAUGUAAAAAUUUCUGGAUCUGCUGUUAUAAACGCAGAGGUAGUACUGGGAGAGAGCAAUAAUCCUGCUUCGCCAACUCAACUACCCCCUCCUUUGGUUGAUAAGUUUUUAUUUUCACAAGUUAGUCCAACUGCUGCUUCUGAUUCCAAGAAAAUUAAAAGACAAGCCUUCUCUAGUCCAUUGAGAAGUAAACCAUCGCCCAGCAAACCAGUUUCAGUGGAACAUCCUCAAUUGUUCUCUGGGCCAAUUUUGAGAACUCCAAUGUCUCACAUGCAUGGAGUAUCCCCAAAAACAUCACCAAAUACUUCCCCUACAUUUGUGUCCACGCCUAAAAUUAGCGAGCUUCAUGAACUUCCUAGACCCCCAACCACUUCAGCUUCCAAGUCUUCAAGACCUUCAGGCUUGGUUGGUUAUUCAGCCCCCUUGAUGCCUAGAGGUCAAGCGUUCCCUGCAACAAAUAAAUCAGCAGUGUCAAAAACUGCCUCUCCACUGCCAAAACCUCCAGACGUUGUAACUCGCAGUUUCUCCAUACCCUCAUUCGGUCAUAGAGUGAUGUCAUUACCUGUUGUGUCCAAACCUCCGGAAACAGCUAUCAGUUCAGGGAUGUCUCAAGAUCUUGCCUCACCUCCUUUGACACCGGUAUCUUUAUCACGAAUCCAUCCAUCAUCAACUAAUUUGAAGACCACUGAUAGGAACUGAUUGGUUAUAUAUCUAAUUCUAGUACUGAUUUCAUUCCUAACUCAUGGGGGCCACGAUUGUCGUUAUCGUGACAUGCAGGUCCAGAUAUGUGCAUAUAUUCUUUGUCUA